UUCCGCCGUAGGUGAGUGAGUAAGACAGGCGACUGGGCCCAGAUUAUUCCCGCUCGGUGCAGUCUUAUCUUUAACUUGUAAACUUGUAAGCGUCAUCGUCAGUGUUGGGAUAACUUUGCAUACAAGUUGUCGUUUAGUGUGAGCUAACAAUGUUCCGAAAGUUGAAUAUUUUUGCCGUUUUUAUCUGCUUCUGCGAGCUAGUGAGAGGAGAAUGCGACGUUGUAACCAAGAAGCAAUGGGGGGGCCUGCAACCGACCCAUGUUCAGUACCUGCCGAGGCCAGUCGACCUGGUCAUCAUCCAGCACACAGCGACUCCCAUGUGCACCACCGAUACAGCCUGCAAGAACCGGGUGAAGAACAUACAGGAUUAUCACAUGGACACCCUGAAUUGGUGGGACAUUGGUUCUUCCUUCUACGUCGGCGGCAACGGCAAGGUCUACGAAGGCCCUGGCUGGCUGCACGUGGGGGCGCACACUUACGGCUACAACAAACGCUCUAUUGGCAUCUCCUUCAUCGGGAACUAUGAAAAAUGCGACGUUGUAACCAAGAAGGAAUGGGGGGGCCUGGAACCGACCCAUGUUCAGUACCUGCCGAGACCAGUUGACCUGGUCAUCAUCCAGCACACAACGACUCCCAUGUGCACCACCGAUACAGCCUGUAAGAAUGAGGUGAAGAGCAUACAGGAUUAUCUCAUGGACUUCAUGGAUUGGUGGGACAUUGGUUCUUCCUUCUACGUCGGCGGCAACGGCAAGGUCUACGAAGGCCCUGGCUGGCUGCACGUGGGGGCGCACACUUACGGCUACAACAAACGCUCUAUUGGCAUCUCCUUCAUCGGGAACUAUGAAACUGACGUGCCAACGGCUCAGCAAUUGAACGCAGUGAAGGCCCUCCUUAGGUGUGGAGUGGAGAACGGUCACCUAACCUCAAACUAUCACGUGAUCGGUGCCAAGCAAGUACUCGCCACUUUGAGUCCUGGCAGGAACUUGUGGGCAGAAAUCAGGACUUGGCCCGAAUGGAUGGACGACGUCAGCUCGAUCAAAAAUUAAAAGAGAUCCGUGCUAAUAUUAUUGUCUGUCUGUUACCUAUUUAUGCUUAAAACUGAACCGAUGUAGAUAAGUGAAAUUUGGAAUAGAGAUAGUUUUAGACCCUGGAAAAAAUAGUUACAGUUUUUG